AUGGAGCAGGCUGAAGGCGAAGCGAAACCGCCGGUUGUGAAACGACGGGUUUAUACGGUUGGGCAGGUAAGUUGAAGUUUUGAAGUUAUUUUUAUAGGUUUUUAAGUAACAACUGAUUUUGUUGGUUCAAGUUUUUGCGUGAUAUAGGUCUUUAGGUAACAAAUGGGUCUUAAGCGGCAAUAUUUUUAAAAAUACCACACCCAAAGUCAUGUUGGAACUAAAAAAUUACGUUGAAAUGAAAAUAACAAGUUGUAGUUGAAAAUCACGUUAUACCUUUUAGUCCGUCCGCGCCUUCCCAGAAUGGACAUCAACGCACGGCAUCCCUCACAUGGGUCGCACCAAACCCUACUGUGUUGGCUUUUGGACUAUCAUCACUCUAAUCGCUCUAGGCCUGUUAAUUUGGCAAUUAGUACUUAUUGUCAUCGACUACUACCAGCAUGACGUCAAUGUUCAAGUACAGCUCCAGUUUGAACAACGUACUUUUCCAGCUGUAACGCUGUGUGAUUUAAACCCGUACAAAAAGAGUAUCGCACUUCAGAACAGUAAUAUCAGCCAGUUGAUGGAUACCUACUUGUACGCGAUGCAAUCAAUGUCAUGUGCAAGCUAUUCUACCUGUACUUGGAUUUCAAACUCUACUAUGGAUUCUUUGAUGGAUUACUACGGUUUUACGGUAGGGAUUUUGGUUUUUAGGUUUCAAGCUAAAGCUAGCAUUACAUAUUAGGUUGUUCAAAUAGUUCUGUGCCCUUCUUAAAGCAAAUGUUUUGGUAAGAAGCCCGGAAUUAGUUGAACAGCUUAAUAUUAUAGUAUACUUGAUGUUGUAAAAUACUAACACGAAUCCUUGCCGGUAUGACGUUUCUUACAGUGAAUGGACUGGUAUUACAUAGUAACUUUUGGUCACUCUCACAUUUUACAGGGUUUAAACGACACGUCAGCUCUGCAAACCAAGGCUAAAAGAGUAUUGGACUUGGAAGCGGCUGAUUUUAACCUUACAUCGGCCAAAACUCAAUACGACGACUUUCUACAAGGAUGCAGCUUCAACACAGCCGAUUGUGCUGAUAGGUAAGGUAAAAUACGAGAGUUUCCGCUCAUUUGCUUUAAAAUGAUACAGUCUUCCAAUAAUAAUAUAAAUGUACUAAAAAUAAUGUAUUAACGAAUAUAUAUAUGCUAGCGGUAAAGAACAAAAGUAUUAUACGAGAUUGCUGAAACCGUAUUUUACCUCAAAAAAUUACAGUGACUGGACGCUAUUUGAAGACCCAUCGAUGGGAAAUUGCUUUACUUUUAACAAUGCUGGAGAAAUGAAUGCUACAAGGGCUGGUCCUAUUUAUGGCCUACGUGUAAUUGCCAAAACUAACGUUUCUGAAUAUUUAUUGACCUCAGACACUGCUGGAAUGAGCAUUCUGAUUCAUGAUCAAGAUGAAUUUCCUUUUCCAGAUAUCUUUGGAUACACUAUUCAGGUAAAGUAAUUUUUUAAGUAAAAAUUGUAUAUUGCUCAAACUUUAAAACUGCAGUCUCUGUUCUUGGCCACGGAGAAUAUAUUAUGUUUCUUUUUCCGUUUAUUAAGCUUACAAUUACAAUGUAACGUAUAUCUAACAUAAGUUGCACAUUGUGAUCAAAAACGGCUUGUUAUAAGCAUAUAGCGUAAACUAUUGUGCUGAUAGGCAAGGUAACUAAAAAUAUACGGCAUGUUUACCUUGGAAUAGUAAUCUUUGCCUUACUAUGGCUGGAUUCUAAUUUGGCCGGAUAUUCGUCUUCUUUGAUGCUGGUUAAGACGACCUGACGAUGCCGGUAUUAACAUUUAACUAAUGCCUUUGGGCGCCUUUCAAGGUACUUGAUCAUAGCGUUUUCAGGCUUUGUUUUUAGGUUCAUGUUCAUUUUUUUUGUAAAGCUGAAAUAAGAUCAAGACUAAAAAUGCGGAAUUUUGAAAUUGCUCCGUCUUAUCAGGUUGUUCAAAAAGUAGUGAGUUAUGUUUUAUAAUUAUUGUUUACAAAAAAGUUUUCUGAUAUACAGUUUAGUGGCUCAUUACUUUUUGAACAAAUUAAUAUAUAGCAUAAGGCUAAAAGUAAAGUUUUUAUUUGUCAAAAAAAAACUAGCUAUUAAAAGAAAGAACACUUACAUUAAUAAUCUUUGUGAACGACUAUAAUAAAUUAUAUCUUACAAAUUUAUACUUCAAGAUAUACCACUUAGUUACUGAUCUAAAAAACCGUUUAAAAACAGUUUUUUGGACAGAAGCUUAGAUAGAGUUUGCCGAAAAUUUGAACCAAAGUUGUUGUUGAGCCUGAUAGGUAAACGGAGGUUGUCUAAUCCAAGUGAAUGAAGAUUCAUUGAAAGAAGGGGCUUUUAUAGAUAGUAUUAUAUAUAGGCAUCGGCAGAAAUUUAUUGUAUAAUGUCUUUGCUUUUAUGUUGCAGCUUCUUUGCGCGUUCACCUUUCCUUCUGUGGUUGGGAUUGGCAAAGCGCUUAAAUCGUGGUAAAGCACUUUACUUCAUUUUUUUUCUAUUUGAAAGAGAUCAGGUAAAGCUAUACUAAAAGUUCUUCGGGUAAAGUACAAAAAUUGUAGCUAUAUCCAAUAACUUUGAAACAAUGAAUCUUAAAACUAUUAGGUUGUUCAAAUAAUUCUGUGCCUCUUCUCGAAACAAAACUGCGGAGUGUGGAUGAUGCAACUCACAAUUAAAUAUACAACUCAAUACAAAUGCAAUACCAACCUGUUUAACAAUAAAAUACCUGCCUUUUCAGAUAGGAACAGCCACAUCGAUAGGUGUAACGUACACUGAGAUAUCACGGCUAGGAAGUCCGUAUGGUGAAUGUACUGAUACGAAGCCAUCUGACUAUUUAUAUGAUUUACAGUAUAGUACUGAGGGCUGUCAAAGGUCGACUUAUCAAGCUGAUAUGGUCAAAAAUUGUGGAUGUUAUGAUCCAGCUUAUCCUCAGCCAAAUGGUACCAGUACUAUGUGCACUAUUUCGUCGGAUUGUAAGAGUUUUGUACUGUUUGGUAUUGGGUUGGUCAAAUUUUCUGAGCCUUUUAACUCUUAAAAGUUGCUUUGAGAGGGGCACAGAAUUAUUUGAAAAACUUAAUAUUAGGGUAUUAGUACUAUGAGUAUUAGUAUAACUGGUACUGAUUCAUUUAUACUAUUGUAGUACUAUGCUUUUAGUUUUGAUAGGUAAUUAUAACGGUACUAUGCUGGUACUGUGUUAGUACUACAUUGGUACAGUAUUAGUCCUGCAUUGAUACUGAGUCCAAACUUUGAACAAUUUUCAAUUUAAGACUCAUGUUGGAAUACCCAGUCCAACGACACAAUUUCCGACAGUUCAUGUACUCAACCUUGUCAUGAGGGAUCGUACGAAGUUACGGUAUCAGCUGCGAAAUGGCCCAGCGCUUCAUUGACAAUGAUUGGUGAAUGCCAAGAAGGACAAUAUCCAAAUCAAACUUGCCUCGAAAUGUAUUCGCAAAAUGGAGCUUUGAUUGAAGUUUACUACGAAAAACUAAAUUACGAAACUAUGGCGGAAAGCGCGGCUUAUACGGUAGGAGCGGGCUGUAGUUUUGAUAAUAUGCGUUAUCGCUUUGAUAAGAUACAUUAUCGCUUUAAAAAGACACGUUAUCGCAAAAAAUAUUCAAAAGAUUUUAAAGUAAAAUACGCCUUCUAGGAGUUUGACUGUUUUUUUAAUCAAAUCGUAUAGAAGUAUUAUAUGACAUGUUAAAAAAAGUUAUUACUUACAGUUCUCAACACUAUUGUCGAACUUUGGUGGCCAGAUUGGACUAUGGCUGGGAAUGUCAGUCAUUUCUGUGGUUGAGUUUUUGGUCCUCGGCUUUCAAGUAAGUUGUUUGUGGUAUGAACAUUAAAAACAAACUUAUAAGGCAUAAGGCUAUCUCAAGGCUUUGAUAAAGCUAAUUCAAGGAUUUGAUAAAGCACACUCAAGGCUUUAAGAAGGCUUAGUGGCUAUACUAAAGUCACCUUAAAGCUAGACAUGAGAAACGGGCCGGGCCGACCUUGAGCAAAAUUUAGUUCGGGCCGGACUUGAAAAAUAGGCCCUCCCAUGUCUACUUAACACUUUGAUAAAGCUCACUCAAGGCAUUGCUGACAAAUUAUAAGAUACGUCUUUUCAUGACAUGUUAUUGUAGAUAUGCGCUUCCUGUAUGUCAACCAAAGCUGGCGAAGUUGUGGGAUUUUAA